UUCUCACACAGACUGAUAUUUUGGUGAUAGCGGUUUGUCUCAAUUCUUACCUAGCCCUUAGUCAUUGAAUGGGCGUUUCCCCGAACAAACCAGUCCUAACUGAACUUCGAUGAUUCUGGAGGAGAGAGUAAGGCUGACAAGAUCACCCUUGUGAUGUCAUUGCUCUCCUUCCAGAAGGAAGAACCUCCACCACCACCGACAACAACAGCAACAGCACCCUGGAGCCACGGGUCCAGAUGGCGUCCUACCCUGAUCUGUACCAGAUCCCAGCGGGGAGACUGGACGCUUUUGUGACUCAGCAGCUCCAGCCAGAUGUGGAGUGGAAGGAAGAGGUUGAGGAUGCCUUUAAGAGGGUCGAGAGGUUCCUGAGGGACCAGUGCUUCCACACCCAGCUCUUCCUGGAUCGAGAGGUUAGGUUGAAGAGGGUGGUCAAGGGAGGCUCCAUUGGGAAAGGGACAACCCUAAACCAUGGCUCUGAUGUGGACCUGGUCAUCUUCCUGAGCUGUUUCUCCAGCUUCCAAGAGCAAAUCAAGCUCCGAGGUCACAUCAUCACACAUGUGGUGGAGAGGCUUACCAGGUAUCGUGAGAGCCUGGCCUUUGACAUUCAGAGCAUUAAUGUGAGACAGUCAUGGCGUCGGGGUUCAGCGCCUCGAUCCCUGUCCUUCUACAUCCAGGCAAGGAGGAGGAGUGAGCCUAUUAAAGUGAAUGUGCUGCCAGCCUUCGAUGCCUUGGGAAAUCUUGCCCCAGGCGAGAAGCCACCUUCAGAGGUCUAUGAAAAUCUAAUAAAGAGCCAAAGCAAGGAUGGAGAGUUCUCUUCAUCCUUCACCGAAUUGCAGAGGAGUUUUUUUAAGUACAGGCCAGCCAAACUGAAGAGCCUCCUUCGGCUGGUGAAGCACUGGUACCUGAAGAAAGUGAAAGCAAAAUGCCCGCGAACCCUUCUGCCCCCCAAAUAUGCCCUGGAACUGCUGACCAUCUAUGCUUGGGAGAGUGGGACUCAGAAAGCUGAGAACUUCAACACCGAUGAAGGCUUCGUGACUGUGAUGGAGCUGCUCCGGGAUUAUGAAAACAUAUGCAUCUAUUGGACCACAAAUUACAAUUUUGAAAGUGCCGUCAUUCGAGACUUUGUGAAAUGGAAACUAAAGAAAAAUAGACCCAUUAUCUUGGACCCAGCCGACCCUACCAACAAUGUGGGAGAGGGAAAGAGAUGGGAUGUGGUGGCCCAGGAGGCUGCCCACUGCCUGAAACAGAACUGCUGCUAUGAUAAAAAUGAUGAAGAAAUCCAAAGCUGGGAUGUCCAGGGAGCCAGAAACAUUCAGGUGAUCCUGAGACAGUCUGACUGGGAAGACUGGACAUUCUGGGUGAAUCCCUAUGAUCCAAGUUGGAAGAUGAAAGAGAAAAUCAGACAGGAACGAGAACUCAUGGGUCAGCUACGUCUGUCCUUCCAGGAUCCAAGUGGUGAAAGGCAGCUCCUCAGAGGGAGCGACACAUUAGCCCAACAUGGGAUCUUCUAUCGAAUUGCCAUCUACCUGCUGGAAACCUUCAGUCCUGAGAUCCAGAUCUUUGUUAAGGGUCCCGGCAAUCACACCAAGGUUUUUGCUAUUGACCCUGACAACUGCAUCCAGGACUUGAAGGAGAAGAUUGAAGAGGCAAGGGGACUUACAGAAGCAUCUCAACUCCUAGAGUUCCAAGGUCAAAGACUUCACGAUUACAAGAGCCUCAGAGAUUAUGGGAUCCAGGACAGUGACACCAUCAUUAUGAGUAAACGCUGACCUCCAAAACACAGAGAGAAAUUAUUGUUUCUCUCAUAUUAAUAAUCUAUUAUUGAAUCAGGACCAGUAUUUUCCUUACCUUCUUAUUUCUUCAUUUAGAAACCAGAAACCUGUAGGUAGUUCAGUCGCUGAAGGAUAUUAUUGAUGGAUGAGAUUGCCCAAAUCCCCAUUCCCUGGUUCAUGCUUUUGAAUCUUGGUUGGGGGACUCCUCCCCACUAAAAAACCUUACAAGGAAUUUAAUUUAAGGUGAAUUUCAGCACAUUGUGUUCUAAUCAAGCAGGCUCUGGUAGGAGGGUGGGGGUAGGACCUUUGUCUAGAUUGCCCAGGCUGGGCAUGGUCUGGGAGCAGGAGUGAUCAAAGACAUGUCCUCCUUCCCCUCGUCAGCGUAGGUACACCUCUUAUUAAUUGUUAACCAGUCAGAGUUGGUUGUUGUCUAUGGGGAACAGCCAAUAUUCCAAAGGCAUAUAAGCAUUGACAGGCCUGCAUGAGAGGUCUUUUGGAUUCAAAGGUGCCACUGACCCCUUUCAUUAAUUAUCCACUAGAAAUAAUUAAUAAAAUGACUAAUUACCCAGAAACUGUGUCUCUCAAACUUUUUAUACAUCACAGAACACUGGGAUAUGCUUCAGGACAAGGAGAAGACCUGGGUAACCCCAAUGAAUCCUAGAGAUGGCUGUAGAGGAGAAAGCAAGUCAUCUUCUCACCAUUAUUCUAAUAAUAACUAUUAUUCUAUUAUUAAUGAUGUAAUUGUUAUUAAUUAUUGUAAUACUUAUUAAUAAGUUAAUGGUAGCAUCAUUCUAAUAAUAGCAAGAGAAAACUUUAUUCAAUUGUGGAAAUUGGGAGAAAAUCUUAUUGUAUUAUUUGAACCUAGCCCUGUGUAUCUCGGAAGCUGGACCACCUCUACCUGUUGCUCAGAGGCCCUUAACUAGGACCACAGUUGUGCCGAUCAAAAGUCCAAUCAGAUCCAAAUAUUGAUGCAAGGAGUUUUCUCACAAUUAUGUAUCUCAAGCAACCCAUAUGCCUUAUCUGAAAAUUAGACCUGUUCUGGUUAAUCAGUGAUUGUUUCCAUGUUCCUUUGAUUGAAUACAGAUAUUUGGGGAGUGGGAUACUCCCUUUUCUGAUUUCAAGGAAUUGUACUUGUUCACUCGCCCUCUAGCAAUUUAGAAAACCCUUAAUCUUUCCACCAACUAAAAAUCAAAUUAACUAAUUUUAUAUUCGGGUUAAUUGUUUUCUUGUAAUUAAUUGGUCUUCUCUGGUUAAUUGUUUUUAAUGCAUAAAAAUCUGUCUCCCCCUGUAUUUGGGUUCCAGGGUCAAAGCUGAGGAAGGUUACUGGUCCCAAUUUGUUAUGCAAUUGUCAUGCAUUGCUUAAUAAAUCAGUAUGCUCAGAAGCUCAA